AUGGCUUUCCUCACUGAUCUAGGAGUAUAUUUCUACAAAGUAAUGUCGUUCGGGUUAAAGAACGCGGGCGCAACCUAUCAGAGAGCUGUAAACAAGAUGUUUGCCCAACAGAUAGGGUGGAACGUCGAGGUCUACGUUGAUGACAUGAUCGUGAAAAGCCAUGCGGCGGCAGACCACCUGACCGACUUGACCGAAACAUUUGUCACACUACGAAGUUAUGGUCGGCUCCUCAAGUGGUCGGUAGAGCUUAGAGAGUUCGACAUACAUUACGCACUAAGGACGGCCAUCAAAGCACAGUCGGUGGCCGACUUCAUCUCGGAACUCGUCCAGACUGAAGACCAGGUUCCCGGCCAACCCGGGGAAGCGUGGAUCCUGCAUGUGGAUGGCUCGUCCACCUCGAGUGGGGCCGGCGCGGGACUAGUGCUCUCGGCCCCCGACGGGCGUUCGUUCGAGCGCUCCCUCCGCUUCGGGUUCCAUGCAACCAAUAACGAAGCCGAAUACGAGGCACUCCUAAUAGGGCUCAGACUGUCCCGUGAGAUGCAGGUGGAUGCCAUCCACGUCCUCACCAACUCGCAGUUGUUAGCUGAGCAACUCAGCGGCGGAUACGCGGCCAGGGAACCAACCAUGGCAAAGUACCUAGCGGAGGUAAAAAGCCUAGCCUUCAAUUUCUCUCACUUUACGGUAUCCAGGGUGCCAAGGUGUCAGAACGAGCGAGCCGACGAGCUGGCUAGGUUAGCCUCAAAGUCGGAAUCCAGAGCCCACCCCGAGAUCGAAAGGCUCCCCUCUCGCGCCAUCUCGGUCUCGGCUGUGUCUACAGCCGAUGCUCGUACCACAUGGGUGCAGGAGAUGCUGCGCUUCAAACGCGACGAGAUCCUUUCCGCCGACGAGGCUUCGGCUCGACGCAUCCGCCGAACGCAGGCAUGGCACUCCGAGGUGAACGAACGACUCUACAAGCGGUCCUUCUCGCACCCACUACUCCGGUGCCUUGGACCUGAAGAGGCUCAGAUGGUCCUGGCCGAGGUUCAUGAAGGGAUUUGCGGAGAGCAUAUCGUUGGCCGGACCUUAGCCUACAAAAUCCUCCGCCAAGGGUACUAUUGGCCCACCAUGAGGCACCCGCAGACGCCCCGGCAACCUGCAGUCCCGCUCGCCCCCAUUCACUACGCAUGGCCAUUCGCGCAAUGGGGACUGGACCUCCUCGGCCCUUUCCAUCCGGCCUCGGGGCAACGAAAAUAUAUUGUCGUGGGAGUAGACUACUUCACCAGAUGGCUCGAGGCCAAGCCGCUAGCAACGAUCGCAGAACGACAAGUGGAGAAGUUUGUCUGGAGAAACAUCGUGACUCAGUUCGGCUUGCCCAGAACCAUCGUCACGGACAAUGAAUCCAAGUUCGCCAGCACAAGGUUUCGAGAGUUCUGCGUGAACUAUGUGAUUCAGCUGAGAUUCAGUCCGGUGGCCCACCCCCAGACGAACGGGUUGGCCGAGGUGACCAACCGAUCUAUUUUGGACGGACUCAGGUAG